CCAUAACCAAGCCAACGGAAGACGCAGAGUGUACCCAUCUCAUCUGGUUUGUGAUCCUCCCGAGCCCCCCUUUUACUCCCGUUCGAUUCCUGGAUUGUCGCCACCGAUCUCUUCGCUGUUAUCGCCGCCACCCUAGAAAUGGCAAACGCGGCGUCCGGAAUGGCCGUCAAUGAUGAUUGCAAGCUCAAAUUCUUGGAGUUGAAGGCCAAAAGAACUUACCGUUUCAUAGUACUCAAGAUCGACGAGAAGCAGAAGGAAGUGGUCGUGGAGAAGGUCGGCGAGCCCUCUUCGAACUACAAUGAUUUUGCUGCCGCUCUCCCGACCGAUGAAUGUAGAUAUGCCAUAUAUGACUUCGAUUUCGUGACCGAAGAGAACUGCCAGAAGAGUAAGAUCUUUUUUAUCGCAUGGUCCCCUGAUUCCUCGAGAGUGCGCAGUAAGAUGCUUUAUGCAAGCUCCAAGGACCGAUUCAAGAGGGAGUUAGAUGGUAUCCAGGUCGAACUGCAAGCAACUGAUCCUACGGAGAUGGGCCUUGACGUCUUUAGAAGCCGUGCAAAUUGAGCAUCUCCUGCUUACUCGGAGGAGGUAUCCCUUCUGCAAACUACUUGAUCGAACUGUUCAAUAGUUCCAAACGUGCUGCAUUGAAAUGCAAAUAUUCAUUGACUCUUUUAAGCAUCUUUCAAAUCGAGUAUAUCUUGCUAAUCUGUUUCUUGGUUGGACCUAUGAGGUAAGUUUCUACUUGUAGCCUGAUGUUUACAAAGGCAAAGGUAUGUAUGUGUUGGCUAGCUGGUUAGACAACACUUGUUGCUUGUUCUAAUAAUUUUCAUUCGAAACUUGGCCCA